AUGGAAAAAUCAGGGUUGAGGGACGCCAUGCACUUCAUGAACGACGUGAACCUCCGCUUCCGCCAUGAGGAUGGUGUCUUCAAGUGCUUCUUCGAAGCCAUCAAUCUAUAUGGAAAGGGGAUUGUGGACAUGGACUACCUUCGCCAUAUGGUUGGUGCUCUUUUUGAGCACCAUUCGGAUUUGCUUAACUGGUUCUUGAUCUUUGCGUCGGAUCCCAUAUCGAAAAAGAAGGAGAAGGAGGGGGAGGAGGAGAAGUUUGCUACCUCGAUCUUUGAAGCGAUCAAGAAACAUGGCUUAAAGGGUGUGUUCCACCUAGGGGACUUGUUGCUCAGGAAGAUCGCCAAGGUUUUGGGUCAAUCUACGUUGAGGGAGAUAUUUGUCCAUUGUCGCUGUUUCACUUCUAGAGAGAUUGAGAAAAGGCUUCUAGAAGAGUUUGAUGAUUUCUUGAAUUGUUGUGAGGACACUGAUGGGCUUCUUGGCGUUGCCUUGGCCAACAAGUCACCCGGUACAAAGAAACGGAAAAGGUCUCCUUUUUGUGAGAAAGAAUCAGAUUACCUAUACGACAAGCUUGAUUUCUUUAAGUGUCAACGAGUUACUCCCAGUUAUUACAUAUGGCCUCCUAAAUACCAGGCGCCAAAUCUUGAUCAAGAAGAUCGCUUGUUGAAUAACUGUUUGAGGAUCUUUGAGAAUUUGACUGGGAGUGGUGACUCCUCACGAGGGAGGACAACAAGUGAAGAGGAAAAACUUCGAGAUAAUUAUGAAGAUAAGAGACACGAGUUAGAUAUGUUGGUGGCGUCAAUGGCUUUAGCAACAGAGGUUGAGGAGAGGCUGAUGAAUUCAGAGAAUCCAAUAAAAUGGGAGAUAUUUGUCCAUUGUCGCCGUCAUUCUUCCAUAGAUAUUGAGAAGAGUGAUUUGAGACUUUUGGCCGCUGAUGUUCUUCGAUGCCGUCCAGGGCUUUUGGAAGAGUUUGAUGAUUUCUUGGAUUGUCGUGAGGACGCUGAUGGGUUUCUUGGCGGUGCCUUGGCCAACAAGUCACCUGGUACAAAGAAAAGAAAAAGGUCUCCUUUUGGUGAGGAAGAAUCAGAUUGCGUAUACGACAAGCUUGAUUUCUCUAAGUGUCAACGGGUUACUCCCAGUUAUUACAUAUGGCCUCCCAAAGACCAGACACCAAAUCUUGAUUAA